CACUUGCUCGCUACGUAAACGCAAAAACUGAUGAAAUAUUCAUAAAUUUUAAGACGAUUUCCAAAAUUAAUCCACAAAAUCGCGUCGUUGGUUCAAAAAUUCACGAGUGAAAGUGCAUAACCACGUCUUUCGUUGCAAGUGACACUCGAAACAGCGAAUUUUCUGCAAAAAUGAAUAGUCUCGGCGAGGAUUGCAUGGAACUAAAGAAAAAGUACGAUACGUGUUUCAACUCUUGGUUCUCCGAAAAGUUCCUAAAAGGGCACACAGACGAGUCGCAGUGCGCUCCGCUGUUCAAAGUUUACCAAAAUUGCGUGAAAGAAGCCGUGAAAAGGCACAACAUUGACCUGCACGAGCUGCAAUCGGAUCACUUGGGCACCGAAAAGGAGGAAAAAGUGCCGCCGAAGAAGAGUUGACCUGAAAAAGCCAUCGAGGGAUCGCCAUAAAGAAAGAUUUUUAGAUCAAAGACUUUUUUUUAGUUUAAUUUAGGAAGAAAAUUUCACCUUAGUUUUUAAUUUUUUAUGAUUUUUGUCACGCGUUUCGAGAAAUUUCUCGAUUUUGCUUCACUUAAAGUGUUGUAGAAAUAAAAAAAAAAUAUUUUAGAUG